AUGUGUGGCAUUUGUUGUUCUGUAAGCUUUUCUGUGGAGCAUUUCCACAAAGCUUUGAAAGAAGACUUACUGUAUAACCUUAAACGGCGGGGACCUGAUAGUAGUAAACAGUUGUUAAAGUCUAAUGCUAACUACCACUGUUUAUUUUCUGGUCAUGUCCUUCACUUAAGAGGUAUUUUGACUGCCCAGCCUGUGGAAGAUGAAAGAGGCAAUGUGUUCCUAUGGAAUGGAGAAGUCUUCAGUGGGAUAAAGGUUGAGGCUGAAGAGAAUGAUACUCAGAUAAUGUUUAAUUACCUUUCCUCUUGUAAAAGUGAAUCUGAUAUUUUGUCACUCUUUGCAGAAGUCCAAGGUCCUUGGUCUUUUAUAUAUUAUCAAGCAUCUAGUCAUUACUUAUGGUUUGGUAGGGAUUUUUUUGGCCGCCGUAGCUUGCUUUGGCAUUUUAGUAAUUUGGGCAGGAGUUUCUGCCUCUCUUCAGUUGGCAGGCAGACAUCUGGUGUGGCCAAUCAAUGGCAAGAAGUUCCAGCAUCUGGAAUUUUCAGAAUUGAUCUCAAGUUCUCUUCCAUUUCCAAUUCAGUCGUUUUAAAAUUAUAUCCUUGGAAAUACAUUUCUGGAGAGAAUGUUAUCAAAGAAUGUGUUAAUAGCCUGACUCAGAUUUCAGCAAACUUGCCAACGUUUGUAUCAGUGGUAGAGAAUGAAGCCAAACUAUAUGUUAAAGAACCUGUCGUUCCUUUAAAUAUGACGUUGCCACAAUGUCCAUUUGAAAUUCAUUGCAGUAAUAUUUCCAGUGUCCCACCUACAAGAGAGACACUGGAGGUCUUUCUUACCCGUGGGCACAUGAAGAAAGUUGUUCAACAAUUCAUUGAUGUCCUAAGUGUCGCGGUCAGGAGACGUGUCUUGUGUUUACCUAGGGAUGACAGUUUGGCACCAAGUGAAGUUUUGAAAAGUUAUGAUAGGAAAGCAAAUGUUGCAAUCCUGUUUUCUGGUGGUAUUGAUUCCAUGGUUAUCGCGACCCUUGCUGACCGUCAUAUUCCUUUAGAUGAGCCAGUCGAUCUCCUUAAUGUGGCUUUCAAGACUGAAGAAAAGACCGUAUCAACUAACUGUAACAAAAAGAGAAGACAGAAACAUCAUUGUGAAAUACCUUCUGAAAAAUCCUCUAGAAAUACUGCUGCAGCUGCUGAUAGUGCUGACAAACAAUUUACUGUACCAGAUCGAAUCACAGGAAGAGCAGGACUGAAGGAACUACAAGCUGCUAACCCUUCCCGGAUUUGGAAUUUUGUUGAAAUUAAUGUUUCUCUGGACGAACUGCAAAAGCUAAGAAGAACUCGAAUACGCCACUUAGUUCAGCCCUUGGAUACAGUGUUGGAUGAUAGCAUUGGCUGUGCAGUCUGGUUUGCUUCCAGAGGAAUGGGUUGGUUAAUGACUCAGGACGAAAUGCAGUCAUAUCAGAGUAAUGCAAAGGUAGUUCUUACUGGAAUUGGUGCUGAUGAGCAACUUGCCGGUUAUUCCCGUCAUCGGCUCAGCUUUCAGACACAGGGAAUGGAAGGAUUGAAUAAGGAAAUCAAGAUGGACCUGGGUCGAAUUUCGUCCAGAAAUCUUGGUCGUGAUGACAGAGUUAUUGGUGAUCAUGGGAAAGAAGCAAGAUUUCCUUUUCUGGAUGAAAAUGUUGUGUCCUUUCUAAAUUCCCUACCAGUAUGGGAAAAGGCAAACUUGACUUUACCCCGUGGAAUUGGUGAAAAACUAAUUUUGCGUCUUGCAGCAAUGGAACUUGGUCUGACAGCCUCUGCUCUUCUGCCAAAACGGGCCAUGCAGUUUGGAUCCAGAAUUGCAAAAAUGGAGAAUAAUAAUGAAAAGGCAUCUGAUAAAUGUGGAAGGCUCCAAGUCAUUUCCUUAGAAAACCUUUCUAUUGAAAAGGAAAUUGAAAUGUAAUUAUUUCACAAUGUAACAUUUACUGAAUGAUGAUUAUAUAAAAAUAAAACACUGUGCUGUUUUAACAUUGUAAAACUCACAAAUUAGGUGAAUUUAACUGUGUUGCUUAAUAUAACCAAUUUAGUCAAAUUAGCACUCUGGAGAGAGAGAUUACACAUGAAAGAACAACUUGGAUAUUUUAAACUGUAUAUUAAACAUUGCUUUGAACUCCUA